AUGGUCCGCGUAUGCAGAGUGGUGCCAAAAGAAUGGACGAGAUACUCACCGCUUGGCGGGGUGAUACCGCGCACGCGGUUCAUCGUGUUCAAGACGCCUCUGAACGAUCGGCUUCUCACCAGAGUCGAUCCCUCGCAGAGGUUCACCGUCAGCAAUCUUAUGUGGAUGUUGGCAGAACGUGGACUACGACUUGGCAUGGUUGUUGAUCUUACUGACACAGAUCGGUAUUACGACAAAGAUGAAAUUGAGGGGAUGUGCAUCCAGUACCAGAAAAUAAAUUGUCCAGGUAGAGGGUUUGUGGAAAGGACUGAAUGUGUCGCUGAAUUUAACAAGGCGAUUCAAGACUACAUCGAUAGGUCUGACGAUGAAGGGCCAGGGAUUCGUCUGGAAAGUUGCCCGGCAGCGAGUGGUUAUCCAAAAUGGCGGAGCGCAGCCGAUACUAGCCACACGUUGGCAGAACGUGGACUACGACUUGGCAUGGUUGUUGAUCUUACUGACACAGAUCGGUAUUACGACAAAGAUGAAAUUGAGGGGAUGUGCAUCCAGUACCAGAAAAUAAAUUGUCCAGGUAGA